AUGACGAGAAUCAACCUCACCGCGAACCUAAACUACCAGAAGUCCGGCACGAAGUCGUACUUGCACGCCAUGCGCAAAUAUCGCUUCAACCCAACCAAGGCUGGCCCAUAUUUCCUCGGCACUAGAAUGGUACAAGCCGGCCGACAGUUCACUAAUAAGCCCGUGGGAGGACGUGCCCGGUUGCAGCAGGUACUACAGAAGAAGAGCGCCGUUAGCGACGAGGUUGGACAAGUGGAUGCCCACGAUGUGCAGAAUGACUCGAUGUAUCUUGCCGAAGUUGGUAUUGGCACACCUGCACAGACGCUCAAUCUGGACUUCGAUACUGGUUCUGCGGAUCUAUGGGUCUGGUCCACAGAAUUACCGUCGAAGACUCUAUCGGAGAACAAGAACCAUGCAAUCUUCGACCCCACCAAAUCGACCACCUUCAAAGAGAAAGCCGACUUGACGUGGCAGAUUAAGUACGGGGAUGGCUCUUCUGCCUCUGGUACGGUCGGGAAUGAUAAUGUCAACAUUGGCGGGCUAGUGGUCAAAGACCAGGCUGUUGAAAUUGCGGAUAUACUGUCCGCGCAGUUUGUGCAAGGUGCUGGGGAUGGGCUGCUGGGGCUUGCGUUCGGUACUAUCAAUACAGUCAAGCCCCAAGCCGUGAGCACACCUGUGGAGAAUAUGAUCUCACAAAUUGAUAUCCCGAAGACCGCUGAGGUCUUCACUGCGAAGUUGGGGUCAUGGCGAGAUUCCGAUGAGCCGGAUAAGGGCGAGUCAUUCUAUACUUUUGGUUAUAUCGAUCAGGAUACGGUGAAGGCCACUGAGGGGGAGAUCUACUACACGUCUGUCGACAACAGUCAAGGAUUUUGGAUGUUCGAUUCUGCCUCGGCGACGGUGAAUGGGAAGUCGGUUUCUCGGGCUGGAAACAAGGCUAUUGCCGAUACGGGGACUACUUUGGCACUGGUGGAUGAUGACACUUGUCAGGCCAUUUAUGACGCUAUCCCCGGGGCAGAGUAUGAUGAUGACAGCCAGGGAUGGAUAUAUCCAUCCAACACAGCAGCGGAUAAGUUGCCUGUUGUAUCUUUUGCUGUUGGUGAUAAGCAGUUUGUUGUGCAGAAGGAAGAUCUAGGGUUUGCUGAGGCUAAGUCUGGCUAUGUUUAUGGAGGCAUCCAAAGUCGUGGCACUAUGACCAUGGAUAUUCUAGGUGAUACCUUCUUGAAGGCUAUCUAUGCAGUUUUCGAUGUCGGUAAUCUUCGCUUUGGUGCUGUGCAGCGAAAGGAGUUGCAUCAGAAUCUCUCUGUGGCUUCUGGCUAG